CUUCAGUUGUAGAGUCGUUUUAGUGCGUCAGAGGCGUAACCGAGUACGACUUUGCAAGUUUAUUUGCAUGUUGUGAAAUUUUAAAACGCGCUUUCUCACUGUAAAAAAUAUUUAUUUCGAGGCAAUGGCGCUGCUCAGAGGAUUGACUGUGUUAAAUAGAGUUUCUCCAAACAGCUGCUUUAACAGCUUUUUUGGAAAUGGGACAAACACUUUAUACCAGACCGAUCCUCCCCACGCUAGAUUCUUCCCACCUUCUGAAGGUGCUAUGCUUCUCCCAGGAACUUACAAAAACAAAGUGGCCUUCAACGGAGGAGGAACAGGACUUGGAAAAGCUAUGACCACCACUCUGUCUUCACUUGGAGCAGAGUGCAUGAUAGCCAGCAGAAAUCUUGAUGUUUUGAAGAAGACAGCAGAUGAAAUCUCACAGCAGACAGGAAACAAGGUUCAUGCCGUCCAGUGUAAUGUUAGAGACCCUGCAUCAGUGGAGGCUGCUGUCGAUCGACUUGUAAAUGAUGUCGGCUUGCCUGAUGUGGUGAUAAACAAUGCUGCUGGAAACUUCAUCUCUCCUUCAGAGAAUCUCUCUCCCAAUGCCUGGAGAACCAUCACUGACAUAGUGCUGAACGGCACUGCAUAUGUCACUCUAGAAAUCGGGAAACGCCUCAUCAAAGCUGAGAAAGGUGCUGCUUUUCUGGCCAUCACCACAAUCUAUGCUGAGAGUGGCUCAGGAUUUGUUGUGCCAAGUGCUGCUGCUAAAGCUGGAGUGGACAAGCUUUGCACGUCUCUGGCAGCAGAAUGGGGAAGAUAUGGCAUGAGAUUCAACGUUAUUCAACCAGGACCCAUCAAAACCAAGGGCGCCUUUAGCAGACUGGAUCCCAUCGGUACAUUUGAGCAGGUGUUGUUAGAGAAUGUAGCCGUGGGUCGUCUGGGAACUCCUGGAGAGAUCGCCAACCUUGCUGCCUACCUCUGCAGCGAUUAUGCCAGCUGGGUUUCAGGCGCGAUCAUUCGAAUGGAUGGCGGUGAAUAUGUCUCGCUAGCUGGCGAGUUUAAUGGCAUGAAAGCGGUCACAAAGGAGCAAUGGGCCAUAAUGGAGGCAAAAAUCAGAAAUACAAAAGGAUCAUAAACCUCUAAG